AUGGACAAGAUUUCGAACGCCGCCAACUACGUCUCCGACACCGUUAAGGGCGCCACCAGCACUGCCUCCAAGGAGGGCAACAAGGAGGUCGCUAAGGACAACAACGCGAACCUCAGCACUCGCGCCACUGCUGCAAAAGAUGCGCUAGGCGACAAGGUUGACGAGAAGAAGCACAACACUUCUGCCGAUGUCAACAAGGAGUCUGUCAAGCACUAA